GUGAGCCCUGCGCCGCUCGACAUGCCCUGAGCCUCCCUCCCUCCGCCCCGGCGCCCACUGGCACCCCUGCCGCUCAUCCCGGCCCUCCUCAUGACACCGGCCUUGCACGCCCACGUGUCUGGUGUGCGUGUGUGUGGGCGCACAUGAGAGGAGAGGAGCGAGGGGAGGCGAGACGGUCACGUUGAUGGGGAGCGCCAGCCGUCGCCGGGAAGUGUGAAGACGAGCUCUUGCCAUCGGUGGGACGGCUCCGACCGGACUGAGCGCCCUUGCAUAAUGCCAUCCUUCGAUGAGGUUUUGAAGGAAGCCGGGGAAUUCGGAAGGUUUCAAAAGAGGGUCUUUUUCCUCCUCUGCCAGACGGGGGUAACUUUUUCUUUCCUGUUCGCGAGCGUGGUUUUCCUUGGGCAGGCACCCGGCAACUACUGGUGCAGGAUCCCCGGGGCAGCCGAAUUAAGCGAACGAUGCGGCUGGAGUCUGGAAGAGGAGCAGAACUUCACGCUCCUGCCCUUGCGCUCCUUGGGGAACGGGUCCUCCGGCGGAGGGUGCGAGAGGCUGGACGUGGUGUGGGACGCCUCCAUCAGCUGCGCCAGCCCACUCGCCCGCUACGGCAACGGCAGCGUGGGCAACCUGCCACUCACCGCCUGCCACGAUAACUGGGUCUAUAAACAGCCCCACUCCUCCAUCGUCAGCGAGUAUAACCUUGUGUGCGGCAAUGCCUGGAUGCUGGAUCUCUCACAGGCUAUCCUCAAUCUGGGGUUCCUGGCCGGCGCGUUCACCCUGGGCUACGCUGCAGACAGAUAUGGCAGAAUCCUCAUCUACCUGCUGUCCUGUCUCGGGGUUGGGAUAUGUGGUAUCAUAGUGGCAUUCGCACCCAACUUUACUGUAUUUUUGAUCUUCCGUUUUCUCCAAGGUGUAUUUGGCAAGGGAACCUGGAUGACGUGCUAUGUGAUUGUGACAGAGAUUGUUGGUUCUGACCAGCGGAUCGUUGGGAUUGUGAUUCAGAUAUUCUUCACCCUGGGAAUUAUGAUCCUCCCUGGAAUUGCAUACUUGGUUCCCACCUGGCAGGGGAUCCAGCUGGCCAUUUCACUGCCCAACUUCCUCUUCCUGCUGUACUACUGGGUGGUUCCUGAAUCUCCACGCUGGCUCCUGACACGUAAAAAGGGAGAGAAAGCGUUAAAAAUCAUGCACAACAUUGCAAAGCACAAUGGAAAAUAUCUCUCACCACAUUACUCAGAGAUCACUGUUAACAAUGAGGAGGUCAGCAACCCCUCUUUUCUGGACCUGGUGAGGACUCCCCGGAUGAGGAAGAACACGCUUAUCCUGAUGUACGCCUGGUUCACAAGUGCCCUGAUCUACCAAGGGCUUGUCAUGCGCCUUGGAAUUGUUGGAGGAAACCUCUACCUAGACUUCUUCAUCUCAGGAGCUGUGGAGCUGCCUGCUGCUCUCCUAAUAUUACUGACAAUUGAUCGCAUUGGCCGGCGCCUUCCCUUUGGAAUAAGCAACAUCGUGGCAGGAAUUGCAUGCCUCAUUACUGCCUUCUUGCCAGAAGAUAUUCCAUGGCUCAAAACAACAGUUGCCACGCUGGGAAGACUGGGAAUCACGAUGGCUUUUGAAAUUGUCUAUCUUGUGAACACUGAACUGUACCCUACGACGCUGAGAAACUUCGGCGUUUCCCUGUGCUCGAGUCUGUGUGACCUUGGUGGGAUCAUAGCCCCAUUCCUGCUUUUCCGAUUAGCAGCCAUUUGGUUGGAGCUACCUCUAAUAAUUUUCAGUUUUCUUGCAGUUGUCUGCGGGGUCCUAGUAUUGCUUUUACCGGAGACAAAGGGAAUCUCUUUACCAGAGACAGUGGAAGAUGUGGAACAGCUUUCAAGUCAUUUUGGUAAAUGUGGCAAGAAACGGAAACACCGGGACACCAACUCUUACAUUUGACCUUCAAAAGACGGCACUGAGCAAAGAACCAUGUUCCCAUACUGGGAAUUUGUUCUCCACCUGCCACUACUUCAAAAUUUGCUGCAGAGUAUGGAUUUAACUCCAUGUUCCUCUUCUAGGCAUAAGGACUUUUAAAACAAGCAGUGUAUUUUUCUAUAAAGAUGGAAUAAAUUCAUUUUUUUUCUUAGUAUGCUCUUUGCAGGAAGGGAGCACUCUCUGGUUCUUGAUAGAGAACAGAACAGUUUAAAAAGAUGUAUUAUCCAGCUCAGUGAGCUCUUAUUUAUUUCUUUAUACAUUUGAGCCAUUUGUUUAUUUCUAUUGUUAGCCUAUACCUUUGGGUGUGGAGGCUUGGAAACGGUACUGCUUGUUUAAUAUUUGGACGACCUUGGGGAAGAAGGGAUGAGUAUUUCAACCCGUUCUCCUUUGCCCCUGGAGAAUCUGGACAAACAGAAGAUCUGGUGGCUCAGAAAUGAGGAUGCUGAUCAGGACAGUCCUUUCUCUGAUCAAGAGGGAUGGGAGGCAUGCAUCAGGACACUCUCACCCUGGUCUGUUCCUCUCCCCCAGAGAGCCUCUGGCACAACCCCCCAGCUUCCCUCCCUGUUCAAGGGCUUUCUGAAAUGUGGCAGCAGUCCUCCUCCUCUCCUUCCCAGGGCUUUAUAUAGGUGUCACAUCCUAAACAGGGCAUUAGGUCUGUAUGUGAGUGAUUCUGCUGCCCACUGGUACCUCCCUCCAGACCCAGCUGGGGUUCAUGUGCCAUCCCAUUGUCUGGUCCCCUGGCCAGGGAGCCCUGUGUCUCCUGAGGGAAAGGCUUUUGUCUGCUCUCCCCUGUCGGGUGCUUUUUCAACCAUCUCUUUCAAGAGCUGAUCUUUUCCUUUCUAAAACAUACUCUCUGUCCAUGGCUACAAACCAAAUUCCCUCUCCUUGACCACUGCCAAGAUGACCUCCAGUUUCUGUCUUCUAUCCAUUAUUAUUAUUUGUCAUCUUUCAUUCUUGGCCAUAAAUUAUCUGGGUUGUUGCCAGGAACGUUAAGCUGUCUUGGGAAGAUGAGCAGGGAUGAGACGAGAGCUUUGGUUAUGGAGGGAAGUGUUAACUGGUCCUGGUUGUUUCAAGCUGCCGUGUAGCAGAGUAGCUUGAAUCUGUGGCUCUGCAAGCAGAUAGCAGGGACACCCUGCCUCCCCUUUCAGCUGCAUGACCUUCAUCAAGCAUUGGGUCCUGGACACUGACAGGUAAACAAUACACUCCUUACAGUGAAGGACUUGAUGUGAAGGAUGUGGUGUUCAAAUGGUAUCCUGUUACCAACAGAGAAUUAAAUAAAAAAAAAAAGAAAGCCAAUGAGCUCUUGUAAUGGCCUUAUAAGCUCAGAAAGUAACAUAUUUGGCAUAAGCAAAUAUAUGACUGAAUUUUGAAGGUUCAUAUCUUAAUGAGUAGUGCUAACAUUACAGUCAUUGCAGACGAAUGACUACUGCUCCAGUCUCACCAUCUUAAAAACACAUACAGGCAGGUGCUUGCACAGGGGGAUUUCCUGUGGUGAGGAGUAUAUUGUGUGUUUCAACAGUUCCCGUCUCUCCCUGCCUUUCCUAGCAACUGCCCUGCCCAUGCCACCAACCAUGCUGGAGGAAAACAGGACCUUUCAUAGUAAUCUCAGUCUAACGUUUGCAUACUUUGAGCAGUUAGCGAUAAAGGGCUGUCCUUUAAGGCUGCCUCUAACUUCCCCUGAGCAUAGUUAAAGGUCAAUGGGAUGCAUAGCACAAGUCAGCAGUGAUUAAAAUAUAUGAAACUAAACGAGUGUCUCAUAAUAUAUCAUCUGGCUAAUUGGCGAUAACUAGAAGACAACCCAAAACCGGAGCUGCUGCUGCAGGAAGGAAACUGCUCCUACACCAGCACAGGUCUACUGCAGAUAGCUGUAGACUCCUUGGGGCUGGCUGGCAGGGACCAGCCCUGAACUGGAAGCUGUGGGCUUGCACUGGCCGGGGGCUGUGUCUCAGCGCAGGGUGGGAGCGCUGGUGCCCAGCCACAGAGCUCAGCCCUGCCUUCCUUGCACCCAGCCAGCCCUCACCACGGCCACUGCCCUCGGAGAGCCAGGGUGAGGCCAUCAGACGCGAUGCAGUGUCAAAAAUUUGGAUGUAUUUAUUUUCUAAAAAACAGUUAUGUAAGGGACAGCAGCCUGUGUACAGCUUCUGACUUCCAAUAUGAUAGUACUUAACAACUUCAGGUAGAGUUUUUAUUUGGUAAUAGCUCCUGUACUAACUCUUACCACUAACAGGCAGAUUUGGUAAGAUGGGAAAUCCUCCUGUCUCUGUGAGACGUUGGGUUGCCUCAUGAAGGUUGUGAACCGGGCAGUAACCUGUUGUACGACCAGCUGUUUGGUGGCCCUGGGGUUACAUUGUUGUUGGUGAGAGAGGACAGAUGAGGUGGUGGAAGCAGAGGGAGAGCUUCAGCAAAGGAGAACCCUGGGGAAAACCAGCUGGAGUUGUGCAGAAUUUUCUCAGGGGGCAGAACAGAUCUCUCCUACAGGGCUUGGGUUGACAAUCAGAGGGCUGUUGCGAUCCACCUCAGUGAAAGGCACCUCUUCAGUAGUGACCAAACACUGCCAGCUUUACUUGUCUUGCUUGUGCUGUACUUCAGAAGCUCAGUGAGAGAUGUGGUGUGCAUAGCACCUUACCACUGCCAAAGACACAAGUUCAACAUGACCACAGAAACCCAGGAGCUGUGUUCUUACGGCCUGGAAAGAGAUUACUCAGACCGACAGAGGAAUGAAUGUGCUAUUUGGUCCAAAUGUGUGCUGCCACCAAAUUUGCCUUGUUACUCCAUGUAGUCUUUGUGAGUGGUUAGUGACAAGUGGCAAUUUUUACUGCCAUUGACGCUCUCACAGAAGGAAAAGAUCACAAUUUGCAUGCUUUGUGAAGUGGGACUUCUGUAGCUGCUCAGGAGUGUCUAGGCAUUUCUGGUGGGUUUGGCAAAGACAGCAGAGGUGCGUUUGUCAAGCCUACAAACCAGGUACUAACUGUGCCUGAAACAGUCCAUAUUUGAAGAGCUUUACAGAUCAAAGACCAAGCUGCAACAAAGAAUUUCUGUUGUUAGGAAGAAUUGCAUGGAUUUUUUGGCUGACUUAAUGAUCCAAAUUAAUAGAUACAGAAAAUAUCUAGAAGGGUAUAUGUGCCUGGUGAAUCCCCCCAACCAGAGGCAUGGGUGAGGAAUGGAGCAGAGGUUAUCAGAGCUGUUCCUGCUCAGGAAGGUAAUGCCCUGAGGUCAUUGCUUCUCCCAGAGUCAGACUCCAGGUGUAGAAGCCAUGAACAUCACCCUGCCACCUAACAGUUUUAUAGCUCCAUCUCCAUUUAAGUCUAUAAGAGAAAAAAAAAGGAACUCCUAGGAUGCAACCCAUCCUUUUUGUAUGUACAUACAGACAAAAAAUAAAAAGACAAUCUAAAUUGAAUGACACGCAGCUUGGCAUGCAAGGGAGUGGACCUCUGCACCACAGAAAGUGGGCUAGACAACUCCCAGCCCAGUAAGCAACUGUGUUACUUGGAGUACACUUGGCUCACCCUGAGGGAGCAGGAGGGACACCAUCCAGAGCUAGGGGUUCCCAGGUGCCUGUGGGGUGCUCCUGGCUGAUAUGCAAGGGGUGCAGUAUGGAAGCAGGGGUUCAGAGUUAGCAAGUGUUUAACUUUGGCAAGUGUGAGUCAAGCUUUCCCAAGACAGCAUUUCUAAAGGUCUAAGCUUUCACUUCCUAUAAUCACAGGCAUGUGUACAUAAUUUUCUUCUGGAGAAGAAAAAUGUACACGUAACAGUUAUAUACAGAGAUAAAGCCAUAUAGUGAAACAAGUGGGUACUAUGGACAAGAAAAUUUUAUAAUACAUUAAAUGCAUUGUCAUUACUUGCUGUAAUGACAGUUAUUUCUCUGCCUUCACUAUGGACUAACUUUAGGGUGAGGCUAUUUUUUAUUCACUGUUUUAUAUCUUUGAUGCAACUUUUGUAGUUUUGCUGACACACAGAUUUCCAUGUCAAUAAAAAAUAUGAAAAUACAAACUAAA